AUGUGUAUAUUUUAUUAAUAAAUAUUUAAUGCAAAUGAGGUAACAUUCUAACAAUAACUGAAUUCGAAUAUCUAUUGAUCGUUCAAUUCAGGUUAAAAAUAAUUAACAUAAUAUCUCCCUUUUAUAAUCAAAUCAAUUCAUAUUGCCUUAAAUUUAUAAUCAUCUUAAAUUACCAUCAAUUAAACAAUCAAGAAAUCUCAGUGUAAUAUAUUCAUAAAAUAUUGCAUUACUUGUUUAAUAGGCUGUAGAAUUAAUCAAAAAGUUAUCAUAUCAAAAUUUCAAACAAAAAUAACACAAAUUAAUACACUAAACAGACAUUAAAGUUCAAUUAGUUAAAAUAAAUUGGAUCUAUAAAACCAAAUUAACUUCUAAAGUAAAUUUUAAUUUUUUUAAGCAGACUCUAUCAAUUUCCAAUAUAGUUUCCAAAAAUUCAAUAUGUAUUUUAAAAUAAUUUGAAUAAGACAAAGAAUCAUCUAAAUCAAUCAAAUUUCAUACAAAUAUUCCUUUAAAUAAAAUAAAGAUUUAAAUUUUUGAUAACACCCAAUCUAAUUACAAAUAUUUAAAAAAUAAAUAUGCAAAGUUUAAGACUUAAAAUAAAGAAAAUUAUUAAAAUAGAAAAGAGUGAAUAUAGAGAAUUAAAUAGACUUCAGCAAUCAUUAUUUUCUAUAAUUGAAAUAACAAAGUUUAAAGACAUAAAUUUUAUUAAAUAGGAAAAUAAAGACUAUUAAUCAUAUUUAUUAGAAUAGUUGUAUUUAUAAAAUGAAAAGUUUAUUAGAGAUUAUAUAUAAAUAAGAUAAGAAGCUUAAUAACUUGAUAUGAAAGUUAAUUCUCUCUCAAAUCAAAGAAAAUAAUUAAGAAUAUAGUGA